AUGAGAGGCCUGGAGGCUGCCUGCCCACCCCUUUUCCCUGAGAAGCAGAAGCUGGGUGGGGGGUGCUGGCAGGAGGUGGGGAGGAACAAGGAGAGCGGAGUGGGGCAGUGCCCCUCAGCCAGCAGGAGGUGCCAAGCCCCCAUCUCCAUGGCCCUGGCCGAGGGCCCGGCCGAUGACAGCAUCCCCACUGGGGACCCCAACCUCUCUGCGGGGGCUCCAGGGCCUAGCCAGGCCCCUGCCAGCCCAGUGGCCAGGCGGCGGGCCCUCCUGCGGGAGCUUGAGGCCCAGGUGCAGGCCGCCUACGGGCAGUGCUCCUUGCUGGGAGUGGCAGAGGGCUGGUGGGAGCGCACGGCAUCUGCUGAGGCCCAGUCCCGGGCCGCCCCUGGGGCUCCAGGCCUGGCAUGGUUCCAGGGCCCAUGGGAAACUGUGCCAAGCGUCCCCGACAGCGGGCACCUAAGCCCGGGCCCCGGCCCCGGCCCCAGCCCCAGCCCCAGUCCCGAGGAGCAGGGGGACCCUGGGCCGGGCGUCCAGGGCUACUCGGUGCUCAGCAGCCUGGUGGGGCCAGCCUGCAUCUUCCUGCGGCCCAGCAUCGCCGCCACCCAGCUCGACCGGGAACUGCGGCCAGAAGAGAUCGAAGAGCUGCAGGCCGCCUUCCAGGAGUUUGACCGAGAUCGGGACGGCUACAUCGGCUACCGGGAGCUGGGAGCCUGCAUGCGCACGCUGGGCUACAUGCCCACCGAGAUGGAGCUCAUCGAGAUCUCACAGCAAAUCAGUGGCGGGAAGGUGGACUUUGAAGACUUUGUGGAGCUGAUGGGCCCCAAGCUGCUGGCGGAGACCGCGGACAUGAUUGGCGUCCGGGAGCUGCGGGACGCCUUCCGGGAGUUCGACAGCAACGGGGACGGCUGCAUCAGCUUGGGGGAGCUCCGGGCCGCCCUGAAGGCCCUGCUGGGAGAGCGCCUCAGCCAGCGGGAGGUGGAUGAGAUCCUCCGUGACAUUGACCUCAACGGGGAUGGCCUGGUGGACUUUGAAGAGUUUGUGCGAAUGAUGUCUCGCUGAGCCUGCACAGAAGCUGGGGGCAGGAGACAGGACCAGAGCCACGGCCUGCCAGUGGAUUUCUGGAAGCCCAUCACCUCCAGCUGGGAUCCUCCUUCUCUCCUCCCCACCCCCGCCUGUGUGCAACUCCUGCCCUCACCCCCGCCCCAACUCCUCCACCAAGCCUCCUUG